UCUAAUCAACUCUUCCUUCUGCCAUAGGAAGAGUGAAGGACUUUUCUGCUUCCUUACCCUAAUAACCCCACCCCUGUCCUCUCGCUUUGACUCUCUCACUUCACUAGUCAGUGAGAAACUGCCUUCUUGCUCAACGUGGAACACGUUUUCACAGUGAAACAGCAACAACCGAAGCUCCUCCCUUUCAGCACAUCUGGAGCAGCGUUAGAGAAAGGGGGCGCAUUCCACGAGUCUGCUCAUUUCUGUACCACUGGAACAAUUAGUGCAAAGUAAUUCCGUUUGUAGGGACAACAUUUCUGAGUGAAAGUGCACUUCAGCAUUCCUCUGUCUGACUUUGGUGUGCUGGUUUCCUGAACACACCCCGGUGCUGCACUGAGGCUGCUCCCCUCUGAAUCAAACAGCAGACACAGGCAGACAGCGACUCCAAACUGCAGGAUGCCUUUGGGAGGAGGGAACAAGUGUGGCCGCUGCUCAAAGACCGUUUACUUUGCAGAGGAGGUUCUCUGCGACGGGCGGAGCUUCCACAGGUCCUGCUUCCUGUGCAUGGUAUGUGGGAAAAACUUGGAUAGCACCACUGUCGCCGUUCAUAUGGAUGAAGUCUACUGCAAGGCAUGCUAUGGCAAGAAAUAUGGGCCAAAAGGCUACGGUUAUGGUCAGGGAGCAGGGACCCUGAGCAUGGAUAAAGGGGAGUCCCUGGGUAUUACACAUGAAACACCGGCUCCACAUCGUCCCACAACCAACCCAAACCCCUCCAAACUGGCUCAAAAGUUUGGAGGGUCUGACAAGUGCCCCCGAUGUGGCAAGGCUGUCUACGCUGCUGAGAAGGUUAUCGGAGCUGGGAAUGCCUGGCAUAAGACUGGGUGUUUCACCUGUGCCACAUGUGGGAAAAGCCUGGAGUCAACCACACUGGCUGACAAGGAUGGAGAAAUCUACUGCAAAGGCUGUUAUGGCAAACACUUUGGUCCAAAAGGAUUUGGGUAUGGACUUGGAGCUGGGGCGUUGGCGCACACCCAGUAGGAGCCAUUCUGGCAGGUGUCCAGAAAACUGCACUUCUUUCCACGUCCUGCAGAGGAUCGGCUGCUGCAUUUACCCAGAUAAAAGUAUAAUCUUUACACAACCCUGUCUGAAUAUCCUGUACGCUUGUUAAGAUUACACCAACAUCGUCCCAUAGGAAACGAAUGCUGAUAUAGUUAUACCAAUGCAUAAAAACACUCUAUACUUACAAACAGGCAUCUAUUCACAGCUGCAGGAUGUUUAGGUCAGCUUUUGGUUUAAAGCCAUUUCAACAUAAUUCUGAACAUGCUGCUUUGAUCUGUAUCACAAAAUAAAACAGUCUAUGUCAUGAAGUCAACUUUCUCUUGUUUAUAACAUGUAUCCCUGGCCUGACAAUGACGAAUAAAAUGGAAA